AGUAAAUCAUUGACAUUGGUUAAUAAUGUCCUAUAUAUUGUUUUCAGUAAUGGCUCCUUGGAUAAGACUGAGCUUAGCAAAGCCUCUCCCAACCAUCAGUGAAGCUUUUGAGGAUAUUCUAGAAGACAUAACAAGCAACACAAAUGGUUUUGGAAAUGUUUACAUGAAUCCAGAUUCUUGUUCAGUUGAAGACCACUGUCAAUCAAACUUCCAACUAGCAAGAUCUGCUUUUCUGGGACCUCUGGAGAUCAAGUUCCAAGACAAAGAGAGAUGCAGAAUGCUGCCCAAUCGUCAAACAAUCUUAAACCUGUCUGAGUCACCAAAAAUGGUUUCUAGAUGCACUCUUCCUAAAGUCUUGUCAUUACAACAGAACAGUUUCAUUCAUGAUUAUAUCAAAACCUACUCCACUUCAGGCAGGAAUGCAUUAGAAGACCUGUAUGAAGGAGCUCAGAAGACUUGUGGAUGGAAAUGUUCUGCUGGCAGUGAGAACAUAGGAACUGACAGCACACAGUCCAACUUUCACAGCACCUAUGUAGUUCCACCUCAAGAAAAAAUGAGCAAAAAACAACAUGUGACUAGCUUACCAAGAUACCCUUCUCCAAGACCAUCGCAAAGAGAAAAUGGUUGCCAGGAACAAAAAUAUAGUUGCAAUCAAGACAAGGUGCCAGCUUUGGAAAGCAGCUCUGAUCCAAACCCUCUUCCUGUUAAUAGUAAAUCCAUCUGGCUGCAUCCCACCAGAGAAGCACCCCUGAGUGCCAGGGAUUGGCGAUCUUCACAAAGAGGGCAGCAUAGUUUGAAGACAACAGGAUCUUCUGAAAAAGAGCGUCUGAAGUCUUCCACUCAUAAACAAUCUCUGAAGGGAGAGGCAGAUAACAGAAAUAGCUGGGUGGAAUAUUUCCAUAUUGAUAAGAAAAACACAGGUCGUGAUUGGAUAGCAGAAUACCAAAGUGCUUGGAAAGAAGCCAAGGUUAGAGCAUGCCUACUCCCUGCCAUAGAAGAGUCAUAG